AAAAAACAACAACGCCCAAAUCCAUCAAGGCUUCAGGAUCAUUCGAUUCAACGCGUAUCCUACCCAGAGACGCGUUCCUAUAAGUACACAUCCUUCAACAACAAGAUCAGUUCAGCCCUACAUGACCAUGAUCAAAUACUAAAGAAACUUGAAGAAAAGCAAUGUUUGAAUAUCGUAAUUGAGGAACUCAAAGCUCAAGUUGUGCUCCAAGCGUUGAAGAAGAGCUACGAGAAUGAUGCAUAAAUAAUUCAUGCGACACUUCUACCUUAAACAUCCAGCGAGCGAAUAGCUAAGUGAUGAUGGCAAGGUGCGUAACCUGCUCUGGGUAUGUUAGAUUGUUUACUUUCAAGCGGUCUAUAAAAUGACUCAUUUUCUACGUGAAAUUUCCAUCAAAUUGUAAGCUCCUGGCUCGCACGUCGCUUUGGUGCAGGGUGCACCUCCAAAAGCCAUAUCAUAGCGUUCAAGAUGUGCUCUGUACGAAGCGUUAUCUACGACGACCGUGUAGUGAUAAACGUAAGCGGCAUGAUAUUUGAAACGCGCCAGACGACGUUAUCACGUUUUCCAGACACGCUCCUGGGCAACGAGGAGAAGCGAAGCAAGUUUUACGUACCGGAAUUUAAAGAGUACUUCUUCAACCGCAAUCGAUCGGCCUUUGAGGCAAUCCUUUAUUAUUACCAGUCCAGUGGACGACUCAGGCGGCCGGCUGAAGUCCCGAUGUGUAUUUUUAAGCAAGAAAUUGAGUUUUUCGAACUGGGAGAUGAAGUUUUGAGUGACAUUCGACUAAAGGAAGGGUAUCUGAGUAUAAACGAAAGUCCACGAGAACUUCCUAAAAAUAAACUUCAGCGCAAAAUCUGGGAACUCUUUGAUCAACCCGACACGUCGUUUGCGGCAUCGUGUUUAGCCAUAUUUUCUGUCAGCGUUAUCGUCGUGGCAAUUGCAGUCUCUAUCGCAGAAACUGUACCCUCGAUAAGAGAAAAGAAAGCCGACUUCGCUAAUUUUGCAGACACCGCAGAGGAGCCGGUCUGGAGCGAAGACACCUGGUUUCUUCUAGAAUUAGCUUUCAACACUUGGUUUACAAUCGAGUAUUUAGUUCGGCUGUUCACUUCCCCGAACAAGUGCAGUUUUUUUACGUCGAUUUUGAACAUUAUCGACCUGGUGGCCAUCGCUCCGUUCUAUGUUUCGCUUCUUCUCACCAAGUCCGAAGCAAGCUCAGUGGCAGCGCUACGAAUAUUACGGAUCGUUCGAGUUUUUAGAAUCUUCAAGCUCUCCCGUUAUUCCAAGAGUCUUCAGAUAAUUGGGUAUUGCGUGUUUGAGAGCUUCAGAGAAUUAGGGCUUUUAAUUCUGUGUCUGUUUUUCAGUGUGAUUGUUACAGCUAGCCUUUUGUAUUAUAUCGAAGUGGGAAGUGACAAGACGGAUUUCCAUAGUGUACCUGCAACAUUUUGGUUCUCAAUACAAACCAUCACAACAAUAGGAUAUGGAGACAUGGUACCUCACAGCCCUUUAGCAAAACUUAUGUCGGCUGCUUGUGCAAUAUUUGGCGCGGUGACUCUCGCACUACCCGUCCUAACAUUUGUAUCGAAUUUCAAUACUCUUUAUUACAAGAACAUGUUGGAGAAGGACGAGGCUCGUGAAAAUCGCGAAACAUCAGAAGCCGCAAGCGAACUGGAUUCACUAUUGAACAACAGUGAAGAAAUCCCUCAAAGACAUAAUAAGUACUACAGAUAGUAGUAAUGAAAUUAGCGCCGUCAAAAUAUAGGGGACUUUCAGGAAAUAACGCAUUGAAUUUAUUAAAGAAUUUACGAUGAAAAAGUACUUUAUUAUCAUUGAGGUGUAAUGCAUAAAUUAUAACGUUUAAACUUAUCUUCACCAUGAGUGAUCGCUCGCAGAGUUGAGCGAUUGCAAUAUUGUUUUUGGUUCGUUCUUCGUUUCCAAUUGAAACCUUCCAUUAGGCUGACAUGAAAAAGUACAAAAGGAGUUCAAAUUGAUGCUCCGUUUGCGACCGCACAGGGAAUUUCACUCUUGUGGUUUCAUUACUUUGAAAAUGCGUACAUUAAUGGCGAGUAAACCGUAUGCAAAACAAUGUCUUGUUUUGGCAAAGCCCAGUAGGUUAUCUACCUGAACCGGAUAGAGAACAAAUUGAUUUUACCGACUGGUUAGAAAAUCUGUCCAUCAAGAUUAAGGCAAGAUUGUUUUCCUUUUUUUUUCAACCCAAUCUUUAAUUUAAAGAACAGUCGUGCCAAUUCAUUUUCUUUGCGUACGUUUGAAAUGGCAAAUGGCAAAUUAACGAAUUGGGAAUUAAUUAUACCACUAGCUGGCAAGGGGUGAAAUUUUUAUCUGGAAAUAGUGCUCGACGAGUCAAAAUUAAUAGCAACUCUGGUCAAGAGCAAAAAAAUAAAUUAUGAUCGUCCAAACCCAGCAGUUUAUAGAAGAAUUACGGCUUCUGUAUGUUCCAUACCUUUUUUUCCACAUAGAAAUUUAAAAUCAAACUAUCAGUAAUUUCUCAUGUAUAAAUAAUGCUUUCUGGCAACAUUUAUAAUGCUUUCGUCGUAAUAAGAGAGAAUUAAUGAUUUUUUCCCCGUGAACAAAACAAAUUCUCUUAUUUGAUUCUGGGAGAUCGUGCGUGGGUACAAAUAACUCCUCUAGAGCUUGUUAUGACUGUGUACUGAGUGCCUUCUGAAUAUUUACCAACACCUUUAAAAUAAUCCUGCACAAAUACGUUGGUUAUUUCAUAAGAAAGUCCGAAUGAAAUCCUCUGGUAUAAUUCUGAAAUCUCUUGUAGUCUUCUUUCAUUUCCUGCCAGAAAAA